ACGGCGUGCCAUUUGUGUUUGCAUUUGUGUUUAAUUUGCGCGUCCAAAAGGAUCAGAGUUGCUAACGAAAUAGAGAUAAAACCGAGAUAGAUAAGAAGUAACCAUGGCCCACGACGGGGAGCAGUUCAUCAAGGACGUCCAGCGCGAGUAUGUGGACUUCCUGGACGACGAGGAGGACCAGGGCAUCUAUGCGGGCCACGUCAAGGACAUGAUAGCGGAGAAGAGCAAGCGGCUGAUCGUCAAUGUCAACGAUCUGAAGCGCAAGAAUCCGCAGCGCGCUUUGGGACUCCUGGGCAACGCCGCCGAUGAGCAGCUGGCCUUUGGCAGGGCCCUCAAGGAGUACGCAUCCACGGUGGACCCAAGCUACGCCAAAAUGCACGAGGAUCUGUUCGUGGGCUUCGAAGGAUGCUUCGGCAAUCGGCAUGUGACGCCGCGUUCCCUCACCUCCAUGUACCUGGGCAACAUGGUCUGCGUGGAGGGCAUUGUCACGAAGGUCUCCCUCAUUCGCCCCAAAGUAGUGCGCAGUGUUCACUAUUGCCCGAAUACGCGCAAGGUGAUGGAGCGCAAGUACACGGAUCUCACGUCCUUCGAGGCUGUGCCCUCUGGCGCCGCCUAUCCCACCAAGGACGAGGAUGGCAAUCUGCUCGAGACCGAAUUCGGUUUGUCCGUCUACAAGGAUCACCAGACGCUGACCAUCCAGGAGAUGCCCGAAAAGGCCCCGGCCGGCCAGCUGCCCCGCUCCGUGGACAUUGUGUGCGAUGAUGAUCUCGUGGAUCGCUGCAAACCCGGCGAUCGCGUCCAGAUCGUCGGCAGCUAUCGCUGUCUGCCCGGCAAGCGCGGCGGCUACACCUCCGGCACCUUCCGCACCGUCCUGCUGGCCAACAACAUCUCGCUGUUGAGCAAGGAGAGCAAUCUGGACAUCUCGCGCGAGGACAUCAUGCUGUGCAAGAAGCUGGCCAAGAACAACGACAUCUUCGAGCUGCUCAGCAAGAGUCUGGCGCCUUCGAUCCAUGGACAUGCGUAUGUGAAGCAGGCCAUUCUCUGCCUGCUGCUGGGCGGCGUGGAGAAGAUCCUGCCGAAUGGCACACGACUGCGUGGCGAUAUUAAUGUCCUGCUCAUCGGCGAUCCCUCGGUGGCCAAGUCGCAGCUGCUGCGUUAUGUCCUGAAUACGGCUCCACGUGCCAUUCCCACCACUGGCCGCGGAUCCAGUGGCGUUGGUUUGACGGCGGCGGUGACCACGGAUCAGGAGACCGGCGAGCGACGUCUGGAGGCGGGCGCCAUGGUCCUCGCCGAUCGCGGCGUGGUCUGCAUCGAUGAGUUCGACAAGAUGAGCGACAUUGAUCGCACGGCCAUCCACGAGGUGAUGGAACAGGGCAGGGUCACCAUUUCCAAGGCGGGCAUCCAUGCCUCUCUGAAUGCUCGCUGCUCCGUCUUGGCCGCCGCUAAUCCGGUCUACGGAAGGUACGAUCAAUACAAAACGCCCAUGGAGAACAUUGGGCUGCAGGACUCGCUGCUCUCCCGUUUCGAUCUGCUCUUCGUGAUGCUGGACGUGAUCGACAGCGAUGUGGACCAGAUGAUCUCGGACCAUGUGGUGCGCAUGCAUCGCUACCGCAAUCCCAAGGAGGCCGACGGCGAGCCCCUCUCCAUGGGCAGCUCCUAUGCGGACUCCCUGUCCUUUGUUUCCAGCAGUGAUGAGAAAAAGGACACCGAGGUGUAUGAGAAGUACGACGCCCUGCUGCACGGCAAGUCCCGCCAGCGGCACGAGAAGAUCCUGUCGGUGGAGUUCAUGCGCAAGUACAUCCACAUUGCCAAGUGCAUGAAGCCCAAGCUGGGCGAGCAGGCCUGCGAGGCGAUUGCCAACGAGUACUCGCGCCUGCGCUCCCAGGAGGCGGUCGAAACGGAUGUGGCCCGCACCCAGCCCAUUACGGCCCGUACGCUGGAGACCCUCAUCCGUCUGUCCACCGCCCAUGCCCGCGCCCGCAUGUCCAAGUCGGUGACCAUCGACGAUGCCCAUGCGGCCAUCGAGCUGGUGCAGUUCGCCUACUUCAAGAAGGUCCUGGAGAAGGAGCGCGGCGGCGGCAGCAAGCGUCGCCGGAACAGCGGCGGCUCCGAGGAGGAGCAGGAUGACCACGAGGCCUCCUCCAGCCAGCGCUCUCCCUCAUCGCGUCGCUCCAAGCGCACCCGCACCGCUCCCGUUGGCGGCGAUAGCGACGAGGAGGACAUCGAGCCGCCGCAGCCGGAUGCCGGGGAUUUGACGCGCCGCGAGACGCGCCGUUCGCUGCCCGCCCGCAGCUCCCAGCUGGUGACCUCCAGCGAGGAGCAGUCGGUGGUUACUCCAACUCCCCCGGCGGCGGAGCCUGCCUCGAUCAGCGAUUCGCGGCUGGGCGAGUUCAAGAACAACCUGCAGCGCCUGUUCCGCGAGGCACGCGAACAGAGCCUGCCGCUGGCCAGGAUCACCAGCUCCAUCAACGAGGGCAGCCAGGAGCCCUUCACCGGCGGCGAAAUAGAGGCCGCCGUCCAUCGGAUGACCGAGGAUAACCAGAUCAUGGUGGCCGACGACAUCGUUUUCCUCAUCUAAUCUCACAUUCCACCGGGAACAUAAUAUUUAUCAUCAAACAAUUGCAUCCAUUAUCUAUUGUAACCCUCAUGUAUCCGUUAAGUUGUAUUUUUUGUUUACUUUUAUAUGAUAAUAAACACUUUGGAACUCUUAUUGCAA